GUUCGCCGCCACCGCUCCCGCGCCCUCCCGCCGCCACCGCUCGCUGGCGCGCCCUAGAAGGUCCCAUCCCACAGAAGCAGACCUGCUUGGGGAGCCUCCCAGGGUCGUUUUCUGGGCUGGCCAUCUACAUAAUCACCCGGGCUGCACCCUUCUUGCUUCCACAUUUGAGCAGAAACACAAGGGCGCCGAUUCAAUUCUUCGACUGUUUGCAGAGAGUGUCAUUGUGCUGAAAAUGGGCCCAGUAGGCACAGAGGUGGAUGAGAAUCACACAGUGGAAGAAGUGAAAGUGGAAUCUUAUGCGCCAGGGCGCACCACUCCCCGAGGUGAGCUGCUCCCUGACCCUGAGCCUGAGCUCAUAGAUAGCACCAAGUUGGUCGAGGUGCAGGUGGUCCUCAUCUUGGCAUACUGCUCCAUCAUUGUGCUGGGGGUAGUUGGAAACUCCCUGGUGAUCCACGUAGUAAUCAAAUUCAAGAGCAUGCGUACAGUAACCAACUUUUUCAUUGCCAACCUGGCUGUGGCUGAUCUUCUGGUGAACACCCUGUGCCUCCCAUUCACUCUUACCUAUACCUUAAUGGGGGAGUGGAAAAUGGGACCUGUCCUGUGUCACCUGGUACCCUAUGCCCAGGGUCUGGCAGUUCAAGUGUCCACAAUCACUUUGACAGUCAUUGCUCUGGACCGUCAUCGUUGCAUUGUUUACCAUCUAGAGAGCAAGAUCUCCAAGCGACUCAGCUUCCUGAUCAUUGGCUUGGCAUGGGGCAUAAGUGCCCUGCUGGCCAGUCCCCUGGCUAUCUUCCGGGAAUACUCACUGAUUGAGAUUAUCCCAGAUUUUGAGAUUGUUGCCUGCACUGAGAAGUGGCCUGGUGAGGAGAGAAACAUGUAUGGCACAAUAUACAGUCUUUCCUCCUUGCUGAUCUUGUAUGUUCUGCCCCUGGGAAUCAUCUCUUUCUCCUAUACCCGUAUCUGGAGUAAGCUAAAGAACCAUGUGAGCCCUGGAGCUGCGAGUGACCAUUACCAUCAGCGAAGGCACAAAAUGACCAAAAUGCUGGUGUGUGUGGUGGUGGUGUUUGCAGUCAGCUGGCUGCCCCUCCAUGCAUUCCAGCUUGCUGUGGACAUUGACAACCAGGUCCUGGACCUAAAGGAAUACAAACUCAUCUUCACAGUGCUCCACAUCAUCGCAAUGUGUUCCACCUUUGCCAACCCUUUCCUCUAUGGCUGGAUGAACAGCAACUAUAGAAAAGCUUUCCUGUCAGCCUUCCGCUGUGAGCAGAGGUUAGAUGCCAUUCACUCAGAGGUGUCCAUGACCUUCAAGGCAAAAAAGAACCUGGAGGUCAAAAAGAACAAUGGUCUCACUGAUUCUUUCUCAGAGGCCACCAAUGUGUAAGGAAACAGAUAUGAAAACAAAGUAGAUGAAUUCUGACCAUAGAUAUCAGUCUGGUUAAGGAAGGUUUGCUCAUUGGCUCAUGCAUGCUGAUCUCCCAAGUGAAAGACAAAAAUAAAUCAAAAUAAAAAAGUAUGUGAGUGGAAGCAUUCAACAGUGCGAUUCUUGGAAAACUGACCAUCAGGGCUGAGGUAAAAUACCUCAUAUUCAAGGAGCAGGAACAUUGUGGUGGUGCUGCUUAAUUGGUAGGUUAAAUCAUGAAUAAGAGAGGUAAAUACCUUUGACUAUUUUCCAAGAGUGAAGAACUCCUAAGGAAGCAGUUGUUAUCUUCAGCAUUGCUUCAAGGUAGGGGAACAUUCACUGACAAAGCAUGGUAGAACCAGCACUGGUAUGCUGUGUACUUCACCAUUCCCACCUCAUUGGAUGAAAACUGACUGAGCACAAAUUUCUCUUGGGAGCCAUAGACUCUCUGCUAUGUUGUCUUGCUUUUAUUGUUCUUCCUACAGAUGAAAUCCAAAUGAGAACACUCUAGGUAAACAUUGCUACUCAUGGGAAUGACUUCAAGGUAACUUUGAGGGAGUAAGUUAAAAUUUGCUAUAUGAUUAAGAUUUUUGGCAAGGAUAGUGGAAAUACUGACUCCUCAGUGAGCAACCCCUCUUAAAAUAACAUGCAUAUUUGUGCGAACAAAUUGACUCAUGGUCAAAGACUGAAAUUCUUAGACCUACAAGAAACAUAAACCAUUACUUAAUUUCUCAUGUAGAGUUAUUCUUUGAAGAGCUGGUAUUUAGAUAACAAGUAAGCAACUUAUCUCUUUAACUAUUGUCAAUUGUUACAUCAUUUUGGACUCAUAUUACUUCUGCGAUCAUUUAUAUAUGGGAGUAAACAUUGCACUCAAAAACAAAUCAUAGUAGAAGAUAAUUUUGUGACUUUUAUAACAUUUUGUGGUUAGUUGUAAGCAUGUUUUGCACAGGCACAUGGCUAUUGUGGUUUCAGAUGCUACAGUAUAAUUUUCUUUGGGCUUGCAACUUUCAUUGACCCACUCACUCAUAAUAAGUAAAAGUGUAAGUUCAUUAAUGUGGACCAAUCUAUU